GUGGGGCAAGCUGGGGUGCGGUGGGGGCGGGUCUGAAGAGGUAGAGAUAUCAUCUCUGCUCCGAGCCAGGAUAAUUAUGACUUAGAGGCAAGGAAGUAAAGAAUCUACCGGACAAAGGUAAGCAGUGGACGGAGAAGAAAGAAGGAAGAAGGACCGAGCAUCCCAACCUUGGGAUUAGCUUGGCUUCUACCAUGCCCCCUGGCAGAGGAGGAGAACAGUGAGGAGAGUAAUUGGGCACCAGGUUGUAGUUGAAAUUCAUCUUUUGCUUGCACGACUGGAGAGCAUUGCAGGAUCUGUGAGGGAUACCUAGGUACAGGGCAUGGGCAUCAGAGAAUUCUCUUCGGGGGUAAGUCCAUCCACCAUAACCCUUUCAACGGCAACCCCUCCAACAACGCCUUCCCGCUUCACUCUUGUGGACUAUGGAGUGUGUAUACUGUUGUUGGUGGUAUCGCUUGCGAUUGGGCUGUUCUAUGCACGUCGAGGCAGGGGCCAGGACACAGUCCGCCAGUUCCUGUUGGCUGACCGUAGCAUGGGCUCCCUACCUGUGGCACUAUCUCUACUUGCCACCUUUCAGUCAGCUGUGGCCCUCCUAGGAGUCCCUGGGGAGAUCUACCGUUCUGGCACUGAGUAUUGGUUCCUAGGCUGCUCCUACUUCCUAGGUCUGCUGGUGCCUGCCCAUAUCUUCAUACCCAUCUUCUACCGACUGAAUAUCUCCAGUGCUUAUGAGUACCUGGAGCUUCGAUUCACUAAGGUUGUGCGACUGUGUGGAACCCUAACCUUCAUCUUUCAGAUGGUGAUCUACAUGGGUGUUGUUCUUUAUGCCCCAGCCUUGGCACUCAAUGCAGUGACAGGCUUCGAUCUGUGGGGCUCAGUGCUGGCUUUAGGCAUUGUGUGUACUGUCUAUACUAGUCUGGGUGGGUUGAAGGCGGUCAUUUGGACAGAUGUGUUCCAGACAGUGGUCAUGUUACUGGGGCAGCUAGCUGUUGUCAUCGUGGGGGCUGUCAAGGUGGGCGGCUUGAGGCAUGUUUGGGAUGUGGCUGCACAGCAUGGCCGUAUCUCUGGGAUUGACCUGAAUCCAGACCCAUUUGUGCGGCAUACCUUCUGGAGUCUGUCUUUUGGGGGAGUCUUUAUGAUGCUCUCCUUAUAUGGAGUAAACCAGGCCCAGGUACAGCGCUACCUCAGCUCCCGCAGUGAAAAGACUGCUAUUCUUUCCUGCUAUGCUGUAUUUCCCUGCCAGCAGGUGGUCCUCUGCGUUGGCUGCCUCAUCGGUCUUGUCAUGUUCGUCUAUGACCUCGACCACCCCCUAGCACCAGAGCAAGCUCAAGUCUCCUCUGACCAGAUGGUCCUGUACUUUGUGAUGGAGGUCCUGGGGGAGCUGCCUGGCUUACCUGGGCUCUUUGUUGCCUGUCUCUUCAGUGGUUCUCUCAGCACUAUCUCCUCAGCUUUCAAUUCACUUGCAACAGUCACCAUAGAAGAUCUUAUCCGACCCCACUUCCUCAGUAUCUCAGAACAGCGUGCCACCUUGAUUUCCAAGGUCCUUGCUGUAGUCUAUGGCCUGGUAUGUCUGGGAAUGGCCUACAUCUCCUCCUUAAUGGGGCCUGUGCUGCAGGCAGCAAUAAGCAUCUUUGGGAUGGUUGGAGGACCUCUGCUUGGACUCUUCUGCCUUGGCAUUUUCUUCCCUUGUGCCAACUCAACUGGUGCAGUGGUGGGUCUGCUGGCUGGACUCAUCAUGGCCUUCUGGAUUGGCAUCGGGAGUAUGGUGAGCAGCAUGACCUCGAAUACAGUACUCCCUCCCCACAAUGGCACUGGCUUCCCCUCAUAUAGAAACACUACGGAUGUCACUAUGACCACAAUGAUGCCCUCAGCAGUGUUCAGGCCCACAGGACUGCAGCGAUUCUACAGCCUAUCCUAUUUAUGGUACAGUGCACACAAUUCCACCACAGUCAUUGUUGUGGGAUUGCUUGUCAGUUUCCUCACUGGUGGAACAAGGGGCCAGCCCCCAAACCCUCAGACAAUUUACCCAGUGUUGCCACGGCUGUUUGCCCUCCUGCCCAUCUCCUGUCGGAACCGUCUACCUUGCCGGGACUAUUGCCAAGACCUCUCUUAUGAGACAGAUAAGAUACCAGAGAAGAUAAGCAAUGGCAAGCUGACCGGCUGUGGGAAAGAGGAAUUGGUGGUAAUUCCUGAGCAAGGCCACAUCCAGGAGGACCAUGGUCAUGCCUUCAUACUACAAGAGACAUCACUGUGACCUGGGAGUAGAAGAGAAUCCAUUGUCUCAGAUUCUCCCUCUACCCAUGAGGCAAACACAUCAACCCUCUCUCCCACUAAACCGACAGCAAGCCUGUGUCUAUUCCAGCAGGGAUAUCUGAGGCUGGUGACCCAGGAUGCACCAAAGGACCAUCUUUCCACAUGAUGUACCCUACACAAUAGCUGGAGCCAUGAUUUCCUGUCACUCACCAUCUUGUUAUUUCUGAUUAUUGUUGGACUUUGUCAUGCCCUUAAGCAGAAAGGAGUCUAACAGAAGAGGAGCCAAUAUAUUGUACCCAGGGAGGAAGGCCUUCUUCAGGGAGAUUAAAAGGAAUCUUGUGGGAGACUGGUUUAACUUAAAACCCUCCACUCCUUCCAACCCCAACUCCAGACAGAGGCUGAAGAAACCAUGAUCCGCGGAAGCUCCCACUGGUGGAAAACUCAUCUGUUUUGCUCCUGUUGCUAAUCAGAACUAAAGGGUUUAUUAGGCCUGUUAGACUGGUCGGGGAAGCUUCCAGCACACUGUACAGGAACAAACAGGGACAAGGCAGGCUCUGACCAGAAUCAAAAGCAAAGAGCGCUGACCAGGCUGGCUACCUCCUGCCCUCUAACUGAUCAUGGUCUCACACUGCAUGUCCCGAUUGAUCUCCUGCUCUGUGCCAUCCCACCUGAAUGUCAUUCUGUCUCUUGUUGAGGCUUUUCCACAUACCCAUUUGCCCUGGGGAAUACAGUUAUUUCACCUGGA